AGCUCCGUCCAUCAGAUAUGCCUUGCUCAGCUCUUCAAUAAGAUAAUAACAAAAGGUGACUUGUACAAAAGAUAAGAUUGUAUAUAAUAUAAUACACGUUCGGGGAACAUUACAUACGAGAAACUUUUGAAAUGAAAUUAAUAUAAGUUGUAAAAGUGUGAAACACACACAGUUCUUGUCGACUGAGCUUAGUUUAUAUAAAGAAGCUAGAAGAAGACACACCACACUCGAAUCAACUCAAGCGAUAUUGCCGGAGAGAAUGACCGAAGCAAGAGAAGUUACCGCCAUGGACUGCGUUUACAAGAACCCUAACGAAGGUGUAGAAGAUAGGAUUCAAGAUCUUUUACAAAGGAUGACAGCUGAGGAGAAGAUCGGUCAGAUGACUCAGAUCCACCGUGCCGUCUCAUCGGCCGCCGUCAUCAAAGACUUCUUUAUAGGCAGCGUAUGCAACUCGGCCGGGAAGUCAGGGAAUAAAGAUGUGAUGUCAGAGGAUUGGGCUGAAAUGAUCGACGGCUUUCAGACAGCAGCCCUCGAAACUCGUCUCGCCAUACCAAUCAUCUAUGGCUUGGACGCAGUUCACGGCAACAACAAAUUCUACGGUACCACCAUUUUUCCUCACAACAUAGGACUCGGUGCCACCAGAGACUACGAUCUGGCUAGAAGGAUUGGUUCAGCGACUGCUCUAGAAGUUAGGGCAAGUGGGGCUCACUGGGUAUUCGCUCCUUGUGUGGCGGUGGGCAAAGAUCCGCGAUGGGGAAGAUGUUUGGAGAGCUACAGUGAAGACACCGAGGUUGUGUGCAACAUGACAUCCAUUGUCUCCGGUCUUCAAGGAAGUCCACCGGAAGGACAUCCCGCCGGUUACCCUUUCCUGGCCGGAAGGAACAAUGUGGUUGCAUGUGCAAAGCACUUUGUUGGAGAUGGUGGUACAGAGAUGGGUAAGAAUGAAGGGGACACAAUAGCUUCAUACGAAGACCUGGAGAGGAUUCACAUGGCUCCUUACUUGAAUUGUCUUGCUCAAGGAGUCUCUGCUGUUAUGCCUUCUUAUUCUCUUUGGAACGGAAGAAAACUCCAUGGAGACCGCUUUCUCUUGACAGAAAUUCUCAAAGACAAACUCGGUUUUAAGGGAUGUUUGGUUUCAGAUUGGUCGGGAAUAGACAAGAUGGGAGAACCCCGUGGUUCGAACUACCGUGAGUGUGUGGAAGCUGCUAUAAACGCUGGAAUAGACAUGGUCAUGGUCCCUUAUAAGUAUGAGAAGUUCAUCAAUGAGCUAACAUCCCUGGUGAAGGACGGGAAAAUACUUAUGUCUAGGAUCGAUGAUGCGGUCGAGAGAAUUCUGAGAUUGAAGUUCACAGCUGGUCUCUUCGAACACCCUUUCUCUGACAGAUCGUUGCUGAAGUUUGUUGGCUGCAAGGAACACAGAGAGAUAGCUCGUGAAGCGGUUAGGAAAUCUUUAGUUUUGCUAAAGAACGGGAAAGAUUCAGACAAACCGUUUCUACCGCUAGAUCGAAACGCAAAGAGAGUUUUAGUGGCAGGAACUCACGCAGACGAUCUGGGGUUUCAGUGCGGUGGUUGGUCCAAGACUUGGCAGGGUCAGAGUGGUCGGAUCACAAUCGGCGCAACUAUCUUGGAUGCCGUCAAAGCAAUCGUAGGAGCAGAAACAGAAGUGGUUUACGAGAAGAUUCCUUCGGAGGAGACUUUGUCCAACGAGGACGACUUCUCAUACGCCAUCGUUGCCGUCGGGGAAGCGCCCUAUGCAGAAUCCCGAGGCGAUGAUCCUGAGCCGUCGAUACACUUCGAUGGGGGUGAGGUAGUGAGUUUGGUAGCUGAGAAGAUCCCGACAGUGGCGAUUCUUAUGACGGGACGACCUGUGGUUUUGGAUAAGACCAUGUUGGAGAAGGUGGAAGCUUUGGUGGCGGCUUGGUUGCCUGGAACUGAAGGAGAUGGAAUCGCCGAUGUGGUGUUCGGAGAUUACGAUUUCACUGGGAAGUUGCCGAUGUCGUGGUUCAGAGACACAGAUCAGCUGCCGAUGAACCCUGAAGCUGAUAGCUAUGAUCCGUUGUUCCCGUUAGGGUUUGGGCUGAAAUGUAAGAGAGAGUAAUAAUACUAGUCCGUGCGAGAGAAUAAAUGUAAGAGAAGUCAAAAUAAGGGCUUUCUAAGUGUCUCUGAUCUCUCUCUCUUCUCAAUUGCAUUUGGAUUUGGUUUAGUCCGGUUUUCUCAUUUGCUCACUUUGGUUUUAUUGUUUUGGUGUGACGCUGUUCGGUGUA